UAAUUAGCGUUUGAUAUUGAGUGCAGAGAAAAGAUGGGUGAGAAAAUCACGUUUGACACAAUUUUUGCUAGAAGCUUUAGUCGUUCUGACCAAAAGAAGCUUGGAUAUGGCGCAUUUCUUGGUUGUUUGCUCAUUGCAUUGAGCUUCUGCCUUGUUUUCAAGCCUUACUCGGGUCCUCUAUCAGUUCGUGAGUUCCCAAUAUCCCUUUUUUCUUUUUCAAGACAAUUAGAUUGGUUGCUGGUGAUCGGUACAAUUGUUACUAAUUUAUAUGAUUUUGACAUUGAUUUUUCAAGGUUUGGAUUCUGUAUCAAAGACAAUGAAUUUUGUGUGCAAAUCAGAAGAAAGAUCAGAUUUCUGUGAGAUCAAAGGAGGAGAUAUAAGGAUUGAUGCAAAAUCCUCUACUGUUUUCAUCUCCGCUUCAUCCCAAGAAAGCAUCCUUGAAGAAAACAGCUCCCAAGUUAUCAGACCUUAUACUCGAAAAGAAGACGAAACUGCAAUGAGUACGGUGAGGAAAUGGUCAGUAAAACCUGCGGUGGAUGGCACUGCGAUCCCUCAAUGCAAUCAAAGUCACAAAGUUCCAGCCAUCCUCUUUUCCCUUGGAGGAUAUUCAGGAAACAAUUACCAUGACUUCACAGACAUCAUCAUUCCACUAUAUUCGACUGCUCGACUGUUCGAUGGAGAAGUCAAGUUUCUUAUUACCAACAGAAAUCCGUGGUGGAUUAACAAGUUCCAAAUUUUACUGCAAAAGCUGUCUAACUACGAGGUUAUCGACAUUGAUAAUGAAGAAAACAUCCAUUGUUUCACAAGUGUGAUUGUUGGUCUCAAACGUAGUCCUCAAGAGCUGAGUAUCGAUCCUUCAAAAUCACCAUAUUCAAUGAAAGACUUCAGGCAGUUUUUGAGAAGUGCAUACUCCUUAAACAGGGCCACAGCAAUCAAAAUGGAGGAUGAUGGGAAGACAAGACCUCGGCUUCUCAUUGUUUCAAGAAACAGAACAAGAACGUUUACAAAUACAGAUGAAAUUGCUAGAAUGGCAAGAAAUUUGAGCUACGAAGUAGUGGUAGCUGAGGCUGACGGGAAUAUACAAAGAUUUGCUGAGAUUGUGAAUUCUUGUGAUGUUAUGAUGGGAGUUCAUGGAGCUGGCCUUACCAACAUGGUUUUUCUUCCUGAGAAUGCAAUUUUGAUUCAGAUAAUUCCCAUUGGAGGGGUGGAAUGGCCGGCCAGGGCCGCUUUCGGAAAGCCAUCCAAGGACAUGAACAUAAGGUAUUUAGAUUAUAAGAUUAAAACAGAAGAGAGUAGCUUGAUACAACAAUAUCCACCACAGCAUGAGGUUUUCAGCAAUCCAUCCUCAGUCUGGAAACAGGGUUGGUUAGCAUUCAAGGCAGUGUAUUUGGACAAGCAGGAUGUCAACAUUGACAUCAAUAGGUUUAGACUCACUUUGCUAAGAGCUUUUGAGCUUUUACAUCAGUAA